AUGUCACCCUCCCACAUCGCCUACUACAUUUCUUCCCAUGGGUACGGCCAUGCGACGCGGGCUAUACAACUCUGCCAUUCGUUUUUGCGAGCUUAUGAUGGUAUUCGAAUCACAGUUGUCUCACAGGCUUCUAGUCAGAUCUUCCUGCCACUUCUCAACGCCUCCGACCGUGUAAACCUCCGCCCAGUCAAUAUUGACUCUGCCGUUAUCCAACCUACCCCGUACAGCCUCGACGUCAACAAGACCGUUCAAAAUCUCUUGGACCUGGGUAAAGAUGAGGUCGUUAAGGAAGAAGAGGACUGGCUUAGAGGCCAUGACGUUGAUCUCGUCCUUGUCGAUGCUCCAUUCGCACCCUGCAUUGCUGCAUCUAGAGCGGGUGUUCUGAGCAUUCUCAUAACAAACUUCAGUUUCGCCGAAGUUUUCAGUUAUUUUACUUCAAUGGUCGAAUCUGACCUUCAAAUUCCGCUUUGCGAAGUUGUGAAUACGGCUGUCAAGGGAUAUUCCCAUGCUGAUAUCUGGUUGCGGCUGCCUGGGUGGCUCCCAAACCCCGGGUUUCUUCCAGCAACGUUACCAAGUUCCACGUGGGUUUCUGACGAGGUUCUCACAGUAUCGACUAAUGGCACCGUCACACCAGAAUACUCGAUAUCCCGUCCUAGUUUCCAAAGGAAGAUAAUCGACACACCGCUCAUAUCUCGCCCUGCCACAACCACAUCAAAGGCAGAUCUCUUGAAGAUGCUUGGUAUCCACCCAUUUCUUCAAACACACAAGAUUCUUCUACUACUCCUUCCCCUCCCGGAUCCACCACCUCAAAUACCUUCCGACUGGGUCUGCGUUAUAGCAGGAUCCACACCUACUAUGCCCCUCCCAGAUCGGUAUUUUGUAGCGCCGGGAGAUAUACACAUUCCGGACGUCAUGAAGAUCUCAAGUUGUGUGAUGGCAAAAUUAGGUUACGGCACCGUGAGCGAGGUACUAGCCGCUGAUGUUCCACUUGUAUACAUACCAAGGAGACAGUUCGUAGAGGAAUAUGGUCUUCGGCAUCUCGUCGAAACGUUCUCCGGCUAUGAAAACCGCGCGGAGCGAUUGGAAAUUGAAGAGUUCGAGAAAGGCUACUGGUGGUGGAUGGUAACAGAAUUAGCCGGUAGAGAGAAGUCCGGCGAGCCAGCGGGCCUCGUCGAUAAUGGAGAUGCAAUUCGACGCAUCGUUGUAGAGCAAUGGGAGGGCUGGAAAACUUCAGCCUGA